ACAGCCCGGGAGCGCGGCCUGCCGGGGAGGUGGCCCCGGCGCUCCCCACACAGUCACACUCCGCGCACUCACACACUCGGAAGCGCCUCCCCGCGUCCCUCCCCUGCCCUCCUCUCGCUCUGCUCUCUUCUCCCUCACCACAACUAGUCGCCGACCUGCUGCCAAUCCGCCUCCCUCUCUCUCUCAACAUGACUGACUGGGAAGCGGCGGCUCCGGCAGAGCAGCUCUGCUGGCGCAGGCAGGAGGAGCAGGAGGAUUAUUAAAUAACGCAGCUCGACUCUGUGAACUGAGAGUGGAGAGAAGGAGCCCAACGGCCGAGAAAGGGAGGGAGGGCGGAGAAGGGGGACCAGGAAGGACACCCCGGUGCCCCGAAGACAUAAAUCCCCGAGUGCCCGGGAGCAGCCUUAACAAGCGGCACGGAGCCCUCAAGGCUGCUAAGUUGGCUUUCACAGUGCAAGUCUUGGAGUCCCAAUGGGGGACUCAGGAUCAAGACGAUCUACCCUGGUCUCUAGGUUGCCAAUAUUCAGAAGAAGUAUUAGCAGAAGACAUGAUUCUCUUCCUUCUUCACCUUCUUCCAGUAAUACAGUUGGUGUCCACAGUUCCUCUCCUUCCAGCACUAACUCAAGCUCAGGUAGUACAGGUAAACGGAGGAGCAUAUUUCGUACUCCUUCCAUUAGCUUCCACCAUAAGAAGGGGAGUGAGCCUAAGCAAGAGCCUACCAACCAGAACCUUAGUAUUUCAAAUGGUGCUCAACCUGGUCACAGCAAUAUGCAGAAACUGAGUUUGGAAGAACAUAUUAAGACCAGGGGAAGACAUUCUGUUGGUUUUAGUAGUUCACGAAAUAAGAAAAUAACGAGAUCUUUAACAGAGGAUUUUGAAAGGGAAAAAGAACACUCAGCUAACAAGAAUGUCUUUAUAAAUUGUCUAAGUUCCGGCAAAAGUGAGGGGGAUGAUUCUGGAUUCACAGAAGACCAAACUCGUCGUUCUAUUAAGCAAUCAACAAGGAAGCUACUCCCUAAAUCUUUUUCAUCUCACUAUAAAUUUUCGAAGCCAGUUCUACAGAGCCAAUCCAUUUCAUUGGUACAACAGCCUGAAUUCUCUUUGGAAGUUACACAGUACCAAGAGAGAGAACCUGUAUUAGUAAGAGCUUCGCCAUCCUGUUCUGUGGAUGUAACAGAACGGGCAGGAAGCUCUUUACAAUCUCCUUUGCUUUCUGCUGAUCUUACCACAGCUCAGACACCUUCAGAAUUUUUAGCUUUGACUGAAGAUUCUGUGUCUGAAAUGGAUGCAUUUUCUAAAAGUGGAAGCAUGGCAUCCCACUGUGACAACUUUGGCCACAAUGAUUCUACCUCUCAGAUGUCUCUCAAUCCUGCUGCUGUUACAAAGACAACAAUAGAAUUUAUGGGAAAUGUUCCCUGUGCAAUUAUGUCUCCUGGGAAAUCUAGGUUAGAGGGUCAAUGUAGCACUGAAUCUAAUUCCUUACCAGAAACCUCUGUUGCUAAUCAGAAGGAAGUGUUACUACAAAUUGCUGAACUACCUGCUACAAGUGUGAGCCACUCAGAGACUAACCUACCAGCAGAUAUUGAAAGAGAAGAAAAUAUAGGGUUACAAAAUGGUGAAACAAUGCUGGGGACAAGCUCCCCAAGGAAACUUGGAUUUUAUGAACAACAUAAAGCAAUGGCUGAACGUGUUAAAGGGAUCCAUCCUAUUUCAGAUUCAAAGAUAAUACCUACUUCUGGUGAUCAUCAUAUUUUUCACAAAACGUCUUAUGGAUAUGAAGCAAAUCCUGCCAAAGUUCUUGCCAGUAGCCUCAGUCCAUUUCGUGAAGGAAGAUUUAUAGAGAGGAGACUGCGAUCUUCAUCAGAAGGCACUGCAGGGAGUAGCAGAAUGAUUUUGAAACCAAAAGAUGGAAAUAUAGAAGACGUGAAUAGCUUAAGAAAGCAAAGAGCAGGUUCUUCAUCUUCAAAAAUGAACAGUUUGGAUGUUUUGAAUAAUUUGGGAUCUUGUGAAUUAGAUGAAGAUGAUCUAAUGCUUGAUCUUGAAUUUUUAGAGGAACAGAAUCUUCACCCUUCUGUUUGCCGGGAGGAUUCAUAUCACUCUGUCGUCUCAUGUGCUGCUGUAGUUCUUGCUCCUAUGGAACCAACAAUGGAAAUGAAGAAAAGAGAAGAACCAAAAUUUCCUGAGCCUUCCAAACAGAAUCUUUCCCUGAAAUUAACAAAGGACAUUGAUCAAGAAGCCAGGUAUUCCCACAUCAGCCGAAUGCCCAACAGUCCAUCUGCAGAUUGGCCCCUACAAGGUGUGGAAGAAAAUGGAGGCAUAGAUUCUCUGCCAUUCAGACUGAUGUUACAGGACUGCACAGCAGUCAAGACGUUAUUAUUGAAGAUGAAGAGAGUUCUUCAAGAGAGUGCAGACAUGAGUCCAGCAAGCAGUACCACGUCACUUCCUGUUAGUCCUCUUACUGAAGAGCCAGUGCCUUUCAAGGAUAUAAUGAAAGAUGAAUGCUCAAUGCUCAAGCUGCAGCUGAAAGAGAAAGAUGAAUUCAUUUCCCAACUUCAGGAAGAGCUGGGAAAAUUCCGGCAUUUACAGAAGGCUUUUGCUUCAAGAGUAGAUAAAUCCACACAGACUGAACAACUAGGCUAUGAUGGUUUAAACUUCAAAAGAAUAGAGACAGCACAAGGAGGGAGAGAGGCUACAUAUCGAAAUCGAAUUGUGAGCCAAAAUCUCAACCCAAGGGACAGAAAAACAAUGCAUACUCCCAUCGAGGACCGUUUUAGGUAUUCGUCAGCGGACCAGACAAGCCCCUACAAAAACAAGACCUGUCAACUCCCAAGUCUAUGUUUAAGUAAUUACUUGAAGGACAAGGAACUAGCAGAAGUUAUCAAACAUUCAAGAGGAACUUAUGAAACCCUCACUUCAGAGGUUACACAGAACUUACGGGCCACCGUUGGGCAGAGCUCUCUGAAGCCAACAGCUAAGACAGAAGGGCUCUCCACGUUCUUAGAGAAACCAAAGGACCAAGUUGCUAUGGUCCGACAGCAUUCGACCUUUACAGGCAGGUUUGGACAGCCACCAAGAGGGCCUAUCUCUUUACACAUGUACAGCAGGAAGAAUGUGUUUCUCCACCACAAUUUACACAGCACUGAGCUGCAGACUCUAGGCCAGCAGGACGGGUAAUUAAAUCACCCUAUUCCUGUCUUUGGGUAGGAUAAAGAUGGUGUUUCUCGUGCAUAGUUCAUAUUAAAAUUGUCAGGUACUUUUUCUUACAUUUUAGUUUAGUCAUAAACAAAGAUUUGUGUUGUUGGGUUUUUUUUUUUUUUUUUUUUUUUCCCGAGUGAAAGUUUGAGCAUGUUAAUUGAACUAGGUUGAAUUGCCUUGAAGACUUUACUAUAUAUGUGUAUAAUAAAUGGGACCAUCUUGAUCGUUUGUACAGUCCACAAGUUAUUUAUUUUUUAUCUCUAUCACUUACUGAUAUGCAUUGGCGUUUCAGAAGGCAAUAUCAAAUAGCAAUCCAUUCACUCUGUUAAUGGUGUUACUAUAAAAGUAGAUUUGAGGAAUAAUAAAGGAUUUAUAAGGAAUUUAAAAUUAUAUAGUUAAUAGAAGGAAGAAAAAAGAGGAAUGUUAAAGUCUUAUAUUUGGCAGUAUAUUUAUUUGAAGAAUGUGGCUUGCUUGCAUGUAACCCAGAGAUGUGUUUGUCUCUAUUACAUACAUUCAAGCUUAUCUUGUGAUACUAUUAAGGGGGAAAUGGCUGUUUCUUUUUCCUUUGAACAUCUGGUUCAUACUAGUUCACAAAGGAUUUUAGAGUAAUUGCUAGCCAAAUAGAGAAUGGCAGCUCUGAUCUUUGAAAAUUUUUGCUUUUAGUUUUUGUUAUUGAUGUUGAAGUACUGUGACAUAACACAAGGUGAUAAAGUUGGUUGAAUUUUGUCAAAUGAUGCAUAAAGACUGACAUGCUAUAUUCUUUGAGUCACUGUCAUGACAAUGUAAGCAUUUUUUCAAAAUUUAAAGAAUGAAAUAUCCUAAGAAAAUCAUUCUUUUUCUUUGCUUAUUUUUUUAAAUGUUCAUUUUUAUGUAGAUCCAGUUUUGGUUUAUAUGCACCAACCUAUUUCUAUAAUUUUAUGAACUGAGAAACAGAAAGUCAGUAUUUGAGUAACCAGCAUGCAAUAUUCUGACUAUGAAGAAAUCUAGAUUUAGAACAAAAAGUAAAGUAAAUGUAAACAUUGGCAAUUUGAUCUUAGAAAUAAUCUUCUAACAGGAAUAUUUAAAACUCAUUUGAUGGCAAAUAUUUCUCUUUGACAAAUAAGGCCCAAAUAUGUUAUAAUAUGUUAUAUACUUAUGUGCACAUGAGAUAGAUCAAUAUAUAAAUUGAUCAAUGGAUAAUUCCAUCAUGUUUAAUUAGUAGCAGAGCAGUAUCAAACAGUAGAAUUAAAUACAUAAAUAAAUAAUUUUAAAAAGACUAAUAGGAAUCAAGGCUGCAGUUUUCUUAUAAAUAUCAGAGCUGGUAACUAUAUCCAUAUUAGCCAUAGUCCAUGCAAAUUGAAACUGUCAUACCUACUGCAUGAUCUGUUUCCCUUGCAUUCUCUAACAGACAGAAUCCGUCAGUGUGCACAAAUGGGAUGAAUGAAGGGAAAUUGAGAGCAGUUUUAGCAUGGCAUCCGACAACUUGCUUAAAUUAAAGCUAUGUGCAAAAUGCAUCUCCUACUAUAAAAAUGUAUUUGUGCUCUGUGCUUUGGGGAAAACCCGUUAGACAUAAAACCCCUGAGCUUUAAUGAUUGAACAUUGAUACAUUUGCAAAUUUUGAUUGGAACUGAUAAAGUAAGGAGUCUUGUGGAUAUUUGUACUGUAAUUUUGGUUUACCAAAGGAAUAGAGGUGUGCAUCAAGACAGACAUUUGCCAAAUGUUUUCUUUCUUUGCGUGCUUGUUAUUCUGCCAAAAGAGAACAAUACACACUGCAAACUGCUUGACUUAAUGAGAUUGCUAUCUAAAGUUCUCACCAUCCUUCAGCAGCUGUGAUGUUCAUCAGAUAUACAUUUUGGGCUGGGCGAUAUUUAAGAAAUGAUAGGAAAAUAGAAAAAUUAUGAUUAUUAAUUGUGGAAUUCAGCUUGGUUUGUCCUAAAUGUUGGCAUCUGUUGCUAGAGUAUUUUAAAUCUGUAAAUAAAUAAGCAUAAUAAAAUAAUCAAGGAUUUUUUUCCCAGGAUAUGGAAGAACAAUGUAUCACAAAUAAUGUUUUUGAUUUGGACUUUUGGAGUUGAUAGUUUUGUUUUCCUGGAAGAUAGACUUUUGAAUUAUACUUUAUAAAAAUAAUCUAUUUAAAGAAGAUCUGUCAUUUAAUAGACAUUUUAAGAGAUGUUUUAAACACUAGUAUUUUCUUGAAAAGUCUUUUUUAAAGCUGAAUCAUUCAAAAGAAAACCUGGUUUAAACAGUUCGAUUUUAAAUGGAAGGAUAUUUUUUGGAAAUAUCAUCUUAAAGCUGUUUUGUAUCAGUAUUUUCAGCAUUGUUAUAAUAUUAUUUGUAAUACUAAGUGUAACUCAGGCCUGGAGAAGGUGUAAGCCCGCUAUGCUAAUGUACAUCAGUAACUGUAAAAUAGGGGUUCUUUGCAAGUUCCUCUUGCGUAUGUAUAGUAACUUAUAACAAUGGCAUGUGGGCAUUCUUUCAGUGAGUUGAUUUCUUUGUACUAAAAUCUCUAGUUUUCUAAGACAGUUCCAUGUAUAAAACUGAUUUUUACAUUUCUCCAAGGCGGUACAUAUCCAAAGACAUGACACCAGGGGGAAAAAGUGCUUGUUUUUCUGAUGGAAACAGUAGUCUUUUCUUUUCCUUCCUUUUUCUUUAGUGCAUGUGUAUGUGUAGCUAAGCCUAAAUGACCCUGUAAAAUUUCUGCUGCAAAUUGUCUCUUCUCAAUUUAGAAUGUGUUUUAAAGAAACACUUAGGAAGAGAAACACCUUGAAGAAAAGCUGUUCCCACCUGAAAUAAACUGUUCCCAUUUUUAUAAUUAUUGG